AUGGCGGAACGCUACGACUGCCAUUACUGCAAGGAGUCCCUGUUUGGGAGGAAGUAUGUGCUCAGGGAAGAGAACCCCUACUGUGUGAAGUGCUACGAGAACCUGUACUCUAACUCCUGUGAAGAGUGCAAGAAGUCCAUUGGCUGCAGCAGCAGGGACCUGUCCUACAAGGACCGCCACUGGCAUGACGACUGCUUCCACUGCUUCAAGUGUAGCCGAUCCCUGGUGGACAAGCCCUUCUCCACCAAGGACGACCAGCUGCUCUGCACCGAGUGCUACUCCAACGAGUACUCCUCCAAGUGCCAUGAGUGCAAGAAGACCAUCAUGCCAGGCUCCAAGAAGAUGGAGCAUAAAGGCAACAGCUGGCAUGAGACCUGCUUCACUUGCCAGCACUGCCAGCAGCCAAUCGGCACCAAGAACUUCAUCCAUAAGGACAACAGUAACUACUGCGUGCCCUGUUACGAGAAGCAGUUUGCCAUGCAGUGUAUCCAAUGCAAGAAGCCAAUCACCACAGGCGGGGUGACCUAUCGCGAUCAGCCGUGGCAUAAGGACUGCUUCCUGUGCACGGGUUGUAAGCAGCAGCUGUCUGGCCAGCGGUUCACCUCUCGGGACGACUUGGCCUACUGCCUGAACUGCUUCUGCAACCUGUAUGCCAAGAAGUGUGCCACCUGCACCACCCCUAUCAGUGGUCUGGGUGGCAGCAAGUACAUCUCGUUUGAAGAGCGCCAGUGGCACAACAAGUGCUUCAACUGCAAGAAGUGCUCCAUCUCCCUGGUGGGAAGGGGCUUUCUGACGGCCCGCGAUGAGAUCAUGUGUCCCGAGUGUGGAAAAAACGUCUAA